AGAUUUUAUCCCAGAAAUUCCCGAUGGAUCCAGCACGGAGAAUUCCCAGCUCCCCCCCGAUUCCCUGGAUUUCCCUCAGCCGGAAUUCUCCCCGCCAUCCCCUCCCCCACCUCCCAUGGAUCCCCUUUACCCCCCAAACCCCGACGGGACCGUCCCAGAUCCUCCGGAGGAAGUGCUGGAAGCUCUGAGGACUUUGGGAUACGAUUCCUUCCGUCCUCACCAGGCUGAGGCCGUCAUGAGGGUCCUCUCCGGAAUCUCCACGCUGCUGCUGCUGCCCACGGGCUCGGGCAAAUCCCUCUGUUACCAACUCCCUGCCUUCCUCUACCACCGCCGUUCCCGCUGCAUCUCCCUCAUCAUCUCCCCCCUCGUCUCCCUCAUGGACGACCAGGUUUCCGGCCUCCCCUCAGCCCUCAAAGCCGUCUGCAUCCACUCCAACCUCACCCAAUCCCAGCGCGAAGCAGCCAUACAAAAAGUCACGAGCGGCCAAGCCCAAAUCCUGCUGCUUUCCCCGGAAUCUGUGACGGGAUCGGGGUUUUUUUCCCGCUUUUUCCGCCAUUUCCCUCCCGUGGCCUUCGCCUGCCUGGAUGAAGCUCACUGCAUCUCCCAAUGGUCCCACAACUUCCGGCCCGCUUACCUCAGGGUCUGCAAGGUUCUGCGGGAGCGUUUGGGCGUUCGGUGCUUCCUGGGCCUCACGGCCACGGCCACGGUGGCCACGGCUCGGGACGUGGCCAAACAUUUGGGAAUUCCUGAGGGAAAUCCCCCCAUUGGCGGCUUCGGAAUUCCCGAAAAUCUGCGGCUCUCGGUGUCCGUGGAGGCCGACCUGGAUCAG